AGGGGCCGCGGGCAGGGCAGGGGCAGCGCGGGGCAGCGCGGGCGCCGGCGACAUGCUGCUGUCGCUCGUGCUGCACAUGUACUCCAUGCGCUGCGUGCUGCCCGCCGCGGUGCUGCUGGGCUCGGCGCCCACCUACGUGCUGGCCUGGGGCGCCUGGCGGCUGCUGUCGGCGCUGCUGCCCGCGCGCUUCUACCAGGCGGUGGACGACCGGCUCUACUGCGUCUAUCAGAGCAUGGUGCUCUUCUUCUUCGAGCACUACACCGGGGUGCAGAUACUGCUAUAUGGAGAUAUGCCAAAAAAUAAAGAAAAUGUCAUAUAUUUAGCAAAUCAUCAGAGCACAGUGGACUGGAUCGUGGCCGACAUCCUGGCCGUCCGGCAGAACGCGCUUGGACACGUGCGCUAUGUGCUGAAGGACGGACUCAAGUGGCUUCCCUUGUACGGGUGCUAUUUCUCUCAGCACGGGGGAAUCUACGUGAAGCGAAGUGCCAAGUUCAACGAGAAGGAGAUGAGAGGGAAGCUGCUGAGCUACGUGCGUGCGGGCACCCCGAUGUAUCUUGUGAUUUUUCCAGAGGGGACAAGGUAUAAUCCGGAACUAACAAAGGUCUUAUCAGCUAGUCAAGCCUUUGCUGCUCAAGAAGGCCUUCCCGUCUUGAGGCAUGUGCUAACUCCCCGCAUCAAGGCCACUCACGUGGCUUUCGACUCCAUGAAGAGCUACUUAGAUGCCGUAUACGACGUCACUGUGGCUUUCGAGGGGACGGUGGAUGAGAAGGGUCAGCGAAAGGAAGCGCCCAGCAUGACUGAAUUUCUCUGUAAAGAAUGUCCAAAAAUUCACAUACACAUCACUCGCAUAGACAAGAAGGACGUCCCGGAGGAGCAGCUGCGCAUGAAGAGAUGGCUCCACGAGCGCUUUGAGAUCAAGGACAAGUUGCUGAUAGAAUUCUACGACUCGCCGGACCCGGACAGGAGGAACAAGUUUCCCGGGGAGAGCGUGCAUUCUCGGCUGAGCCUCCAGAAGACCCUGCCCUCCCUGCUCGUCCUCAGCGGCCUGACGGCUGGCCUGCUGCUGACCGAGGCCGGGAGGAAACUGUAUGUGAAGACCUGGGCCUUUGGGACCGUCCUCGGGUUCCUGUGGGUCAGCGUGCGGGCGUGAGCGUGUCCUCGGCCUGGGCGGUGUAAAUAAAGCCUUGUUGACCGAACUCUGCACAGGAGGCAGUGUCUGACCGCAGGCAGAUGCCCGGGCCCCUCGUGCCACGCGGGGCAGCGUGGACGGCCGCGGGGUGCGUGUCCCUGCCGUCGUCCUGGCCCGGAAGGCCGUGCUCACCCACAUCAGUCUGUGGUCUCGUCGCUGUGUCCAUUUCCGUUCCUCGCCCCAGUUCUCUUCACUGACGGCUUUGAGUCCUGCAGCCGUGGGGUGUUUCCUCUCUGGCGAGUCUCUCCGGGUCAGCCAAGAGUUUGUCCUUCAGUCCCAAGGGGGGAGGGGCAAGAGAACAGCCUGGCCCUGCGUGCCGUGUCCGGAGCCCACUCUGAGCCGGCCUCGCGAGCUGUCUGUGCAGUGACCGGCCCUUCUGGCCCUCCCGGAAGUGACUCCGUCUGCAUGUCCGUCUCUGUCCUGAGGCCUGACAUGUGCAGCACGAGGCUUGGGUUACAGUCGUGACCUGGUUGAGCCCUGGGAGCCUCGGUCGCCCCGCUUUCCACGCCUGGGUGCCAGGAACGGCUUACCUACCAGAUCAUCAGUGUCGCCCUGGGCGGGCCUCGGCUGGAGGCGUGUGCUGCCUGCCUGGCCCGCGCCUGCCCCUCGCCUGCCCCUCGCAGCUUCUCCCCCUCCCCGCAGCGAGGCCUGGGGGGUGCCCCCACACAGCCUCCCACACCCCACAUGCCGCUGCCACGUGCAGCCUCUCUGCUCCCCUCGCCCCUUUCUCGGGGCGACUCCUCUGUGUGGGGCCCGAGAGCAGGCGUGGCCCCCGCCCCCAGCCCCCGGGGGUUGCGUGGAAAAGCAAUUUCAUGCCAAAUUGCCGUUUUCUUCUUACCUGUGAAGUGUGCAUCUAUGUCUCUUAUCAAACACUUUUUUUUUCUUUAACAAUCCUGCAGUUACAGUUUAUUUCUCAAUCAGAUCAAAAUCAAUGUGCGUUGUGUGACCUGGCUGGUGCAGCCAUGCUGUGAGCCCGUUCUGAGGCCCUGCCAGCCGAGCUCGCCCUGAAGGCUCCGUCUCUAUUCCCACAAAAGGUCCAUCACAUACUUGUUAGUUAAAACUCGUGACAAAUCUCUGGAACACUAGCCACUUUGUUUUAACAUGUACUGCUACGAGUGAAUCAUCAUUCUCUAAAAUUCGCGUUUCUGUGUCUACCUGUAAACCUUCUCCCGUACUCGCGUGUGAGCUGUGGUGUCAUCGUUAUUAUUGAGUUCCAGCUUCUGUAGUUUUUCUUUACCCGAUGGCCGUUGAUCAGCAUGCUUCGAUGUUCUUCAGGAAAGGGUCUGUUUGGAUGAGAGAAAAGAAAAAAAAUAAAAUCUUCCACUCUCUGAA